AUGGCUUUUAUUAGAAAUGUGUACACCGUGAGUUUGAGUUUCAAGUUGACCCAUAUUCAUUUUGUUUUUCUAUAGACUUACGAAUUCCAAGAAAUGUUGCUCUCCUCAAUUUAUCAUCCUUCAAACACGUAUUGUUAUUCUGUGGACAGUAAAUCAAAAACUGGAAUUUUUGAGAAACUUCAGAAAUUGUCUAGAUGUUUGCCAAAUAUUAUUCUGAAUCCCGUGAAAUACGACUUCGAUUCUGCUGGACAUUUUCAAGAUCGAGCAAAUUUUAAAUGCUUGGAAUUGAUUUUGGAUAGAAAAUGGGAUCAUGUGAUGUUUUUGCAAAAUAAUGACCUGGUUUUAAAAUCUGUAGAAGAGUUAGCUGAACUCAGUCAUCUUCUGAAUUACACAAGUAUGAUAUCUUUCCGAAAUCCUCCUGAAAAUCGAUAUAUUCAUGAUGCAGAUUGGACUCCCGCUGGCUUGAAACUUUUCAAAAAUGGUAAAUUAUUGUUUUAAAAAAACCUAUCAACCAUGAAUUUAGAAUCUCAAGUUCCAUUGGAUAUUUUACACAAACCGCUUAGAAUUUGGAAAAAUUUCAAUCAAAAUAUCUUAUCGAGAAAUUUUGCGAAAUGGAUUUUUGAGAAAUUGAACUUGGAGGGAAUUAUGAAUUUAUUCGAUCAGAAAAAUGUAAUUUUUCUUCUCAUAAAAAAUAAUUAUUGUUUUUUGAAGAUCUAUGGAGUUGAUGAGAUGUUAGUUCAAACAUUAUAUCGAAAUAAUCUUGGCCUAGAUUCUCAACCAACUUCAAAUUGCAAUAAUACUGUAGAAAACUUGGUGAGAUUUGUGGAAUGGGAUAGAUCUUGGAUAACAUCGAAGUGUAGAUCAAGACUAUCAAGGCAUUAUAUUUGUAUGAUUGGUGUGGAAUAUUUGGCAGAUUUUGUGGAAUCUAAAUUCGUGAUAGCUAAUAAAAUCCUGGAGAAUUUCGAUUUAGCUCCACUUUUUUGUAUGAAUCAGGUUUAUCAAAAGAAGGAGAUCAGGGAAAAUUGGAUUUCCAAGGUGGAGCUUCGAACAUAUCCGCAAUUUCGAGAGAUGGAAAUGAAGAAGAAUGGAACUUAUGAUAAAUAUAAUUUUAGGUGUGAUUUACAAUAA